AUGUCUACUUGGGCCCAGCAUUUUGCGGAGGCUUCAACUUGGCAACUGAAACACCAGCUCGCGUUUUGGAAAGCGCGCGCUAUUUCAUUGCAGUACGAAAAUACUAUGCUGCAUGAAGUUAUACGUAACAAUCACCUUGCAGUGCCCACGACUAGUGAGGUAAACCGUGAAGCAGAAAGUGAUUCUCAAGGAUCGGACAGUGAAUCUGAAGAACAUGAACACGAAACGGAGAGAAAUAACAUAGAUUAUACAGAAAACGAUUCGGAUAACGUUGAAGAUGAAAAUAAUGAGUUUGAGGUUAGUGAAGAGUUUAUACAGUUUUUAACUGCCAAUGCAAAGUACAAAGAAGACGCUAGACGCGAAAGGGAACGUCUCAAGGCCAAAUCAGAGGCAGAAUCUAAACCAGUACCAAAAAUGCAGGAAAGUGUUGAAGACAAAAUAUCACGGUCAAAGGAGUUAUAUGGUGACAAAUAUAAAAGAAUUAUGGCACUGGAAAUGUAUUUAAUGUCGAACUUCCAGAACGAAGCGGAUAGAAACAAAGCAACAUACUGGCCGAACAUACCUUUUAAUUUUAAUGUUAGCUGA